AUGACGCGGAUUACAUUAUCUCGGCCAUCCGAAUUCUCAACAACAAUAUCCCUCCUCGCCCUAUACCUCUACCUCGUCCGAACCCGUCGCUUCAACCGUCGCGAUGCCAUCCAGUCGCGCUUCAGCGAGAAACAUCCCCCCUCAAGCAUGACCGUCGGCGAAGCGCACCAGAUCGUGCGCGAGCUGCGCGAGCUGGAGUUUCCUUACUCUAUGCACAAUGCGAUGAAACUGUCUUUAUUAAAGACAGCCUCAAUCCCAACAAUGACCAAACUCUUCGUCGCAACCGGCCAACUCAACGCAAAAAACGCCCCCAAGCGCGCCGCCGACACCGAAAUCGUCCUCAGCGAAGUGCACGACCGCCUACCCGGUUCCGACGCCCACCUAGCCGGCAUCGCACGCAUGAACUACCUGCACGCGCGGUACCGCAAAGCCGGCAAGGUCCUCGACGAAGACAUGCUGCACACGCUAGGCAGCGCAGUCGUGGACAUCGUGCGCACGGUAGACGGCACAGAGUGGCGGGCGCUGACGCACGUGGAGCGGUGCGCGGUGGGCGUCUUCCAUAAGGCGCUCGGCGAUGCCAUGCAGAUUCGCUUUGAGGGGUUCUUGCCGUCUGGUGGAGCGGAGGGGGAGGGGUGGCGCGAUGGGGCGCAUUUCGUGGAUGAGAUUUGUGAGUGGACUAUGGGGUAUGAGAAGAGGGUGGCGGUGCCGACUGAGUCGACGAGGACGGUGGGGGGGAGGUUGGUUGGGUUGGCGACUUGUAAUGUGCCGGGGUUUAUGAGGGGGGUGGUGGAGAGGGUUGUUGCGUCGAAGCUGGAUGGGCAUGUUAGGGUUGCGUUGGGACUACAAGAACCCGGCCCGAUCCUAACUUCAAUCCUACGAAGCGUCCUCGCCCUGCGACGCCUCCUCCUCCGGCAUCUAAGCCUCCCCCGGCCAGACUCCAAGCGCGUGCGGGUCCUCAACGAGACCCCCAACCCGACAACCGGGCUCUGGAACACACAGAUCUGGGUCGCGCACCCGUGGUACCUGCAGCCGACAUUCCUAAACCGCUGGGGCCUCAAGGCGCUGGUCAUACGGUUGUUCGGGACAGGUGCGGUUCCCAGCGCGCAGAACGAGUAUCGCGAGGCCGGGUACGAUGUGUGGACUAUUGGGCCAACGGCGCAGGAGGGGCGCGGACGAGAUGAGAUGGAGGUUAUGGUUGCGGAGAUGAAGGCUAUGGAUUAUGCGGGGGGGUGUCCUUUUCAUGCUUGA